AUGGACCCUGAAAGAGAGUGCUCUCGCUUAUGGCGUGCCUGGAGAACCGUUCAUGAGAUGGUCAAGGAUCGUGGCUACGAAAUCUCUGAGGAGGAAGUUAACAUCACUCUCGACGAGUUCAGACGCCACUACUGCGAUAGUGAAGGCCGUCCUCAGCGCAAAAACAUGACUUUUAAAGCGAAUCCAUCAGAGAAGAUGCUGAAGCAGCACGCUGCACCCCCUGGACAACCUGCAAAUGUUGGUACAAUCUGGGUGGAGUUCUCAUCGGAAUCUAAUAUCGGUAUCAAACACAUGAGAACCUUUGCGCACACUAUUGUAUCCGAGAACUAUCACACCGGUAUCUUUGUUUGCCAACACAACCCCACUGCUGCAGCUAUGAAGAUCGUUCCAACUGUCCUCCCAGCUAUCAUAGAGGUAUUUGAGGAGGCCGAUCUACUGGUAAACAUCACGAAGCACGAAUUAGUCCCUACUCAUCACCUACUCAGUCGGGAAGAGAAGCGAAGACUACUGGAAAGAUAUCGUCUGAAGGAGACACAGCUGCCUAGAAUACAGAGUGCUGAUCCUGUCGCGAGGUACAUGGGUCUUAAACGUGGAAUGGUGGUUAAAAUUGUCAGGAAGAGCGAGACCAGCGGUAGAUACGCCAGUUAUCGUCUGUGUAUGUGA